AGAAAUUUACAUUUCUGUCACAUUCAGUAUUGUUUGGCAUGGAUCUUAUCCACAAAAUAUCACUAUGAAUUACCUGGAAAACUUGGUCAUAUAUUUCAGCAACCUCUCGGCGUUCUAUAUUUUCAGCGUCGCCACUUCGGUAGCAGUGGUUUUACUAACACUCUAUCUCGGAAUAGUGACACGAUUCUCGAAUGGUAUCACCGAGCAGACGGAUAACAAAUCGCAGAAUACACUGUCCACCGAUGGAGGGCCAGACAGUGACGAAAAUGAUUCUGAGAAUGAAAACCUUAAGAUUGAAUCCGUCCGGCAAUUGAAGUCAGCGAAACUGAAAUGCUUGGAACAACAGCUGACCGAUGAGCAGCGGCAGUAUGAGAAGGAGAUUGAGAAAGCGCAGCUAUCAGCAAUUUUCGAGUUGUUGAAGGAACAAAGUGAACGAUUUGAGCUUGGAUCCAACUUGAAUGAAAACGAUCUGAAAGAACAACUCACCUUAUACCGGUGAAAGACACAAAAUAAUAUGAACCACAUAUAAUAGGUUCGAAAAAUAGUGAACGUCACCCAAUAAUGUUUUAUAAGAGUCGUAAUUUUCCUGAAUCAUUUUCAAAUGGUGUGAAUAAUUCAUCACGAAACUUUUUUAUUCGUCUUGUUUUCAGCCGAGAUACGUCUGUGGUAACGAGAGUUGGUUGAUUUUUUUGAUAAUAUAAUUAUUUUUCAGCCAUUUGUUAUGCUUUUUAUGAAUGAAUAAAUUAGUUAGCACAAAAAUCUUAGUCAAGUUUGGAAAAAAACAUAAUUAACUUUCCAACAGAAUAAAAUCUAGUCAAAAAUAGAACAAUAAGGAUAAAUUAUCUUAUAAAGGUUGAUUUAAGAAUAAUUUUUGUGUAUUAUAAUAAAACGCAUAUCAUAAUUCACAAAA